AUGCCACCCUGUGCAGUCCACAUUCCAAGUGACAAUACAGACACAAUAAUUCUCUUUCCCCGCUUCCACGUUUUCGAGUUCAUAGACCAGCCAUGGUGCCCACGCUGGUUCCGGGGCUAUGCUCAAGCUUUCCUCCAGGGCCUGUGGGAUCUCCAUAUCCGAGGUCUCACUAUUAAUACGCCUGCCGCCUCCGUCAGCGAGAUUAUCAUCCAAAAUUUCUCAGAUGCAUGUAAUUUUACAUUCGUCGACCUCUGUGCCGGCGCCGGCGGUCCCACGCCAAUAAUCGAGCGACUCCUCAAUAACACCCUCACAGAGCAGGGCAAAGACACCGCACAGUUUGUCUUGACAGACCUAUACCCUUCUCUUCAGCAAUGGAGGGCCAUCACAGAGAAGAGCGCCAACAUCACCUUCCUAGAGACGCCACUCGAUGCACGGGAUUGCAAACGCAUUUCACCUGAUCCUAUACAGAAAGAGUGUCGGAUGUUCAAUGCCUCUUUCCACCAUUUUGACGAUGAGAGUGCUAUUGGUGUUCUGAGGAGCGUAAUUAAUGAAGCAGAUGCAUUUAUCAUACAAGAAGGCGCCCAACGCGAUUUCAGCUCCCUCCUCUCCUGCGCGCUAGGAUCCCUCAUUUACCCAUUCAUAUUCACCCUCGCUACACCGAUAUAUAGACGCUCCCCUAUCCAUCUCCUUUUCACUUAUCUUCUCCCGCUGAUCCCGCUCAUGAUGUUUGUUGACGCAGUCGUGUCUACAUUUCGUACCCGCACACCCAAUGAACUAGAAAGACUGGUUGAACGAACUUGUCUUGACCACACCGCUGAAUGGGAGUUUCGGAGCGGGCAGAGCCUGUGCAUAAGGCCUUUUCUUUGGACUCAUUGGUUUAUUGGAAUUAGGAAGCGUUCUCCUUUCGAUGGGAAGUGA